CAUCAUCGGUUGGUUGAAAUUCAAACCGAAUUAGGACCGAUCACAGGCCUACGAAUUCGAACAUAUCUCAAUAAUCGAGCUAUUGGUUUUAUGGGCAUUCCAUAUGCAUUACCACCGAUUGGUAAUCUACGUUUUAAGAAACCAAUACCAUAUCCAAAAUGGUAUCCAAAAACAUUGACAGCCAAUGGUUAUAAACCAUGUUGUCCACAAUUAGAUAUUAAUGGUCUACCACAUGGUCAAGAAGAUUGUCUUUAUUUGAACGUAUUUGUACCGUUGGCUAACCUUCCACAGCAACAACAGAAUCCGAUCGGUAGACGCUUUCCAGUUAUGGUAUACAUUCAAGGAGAAUCAUUCGAAAAUGGUGAUGCAGCUCUCUAUGGUCCAGAAUAUCUACUCGAUUGGGAUGUUAUUGUCGUUACUUUCAAUUAUCGUUUGGGUAUACUUGGAUUUCUAAGCACUGGUGAUGAACAUGGUACUGGAAAUUGGGGUCUUUAUGAUCAAUUAUUGGUACUAAGAUGGAUUCAUGAUCACAUUGAAUCAUUCGGUGGUGAUCCAAGUCAAGUUACAUUGUUUGGUCAAGGAGCUGGUGCAUCAUCGGCCAUAUUGCAUCUAAUUUCGCCAUUAAGUACUGGACUAUUCAAUCGUGUAAUUGCACAAAGUGGAUCACCACUUUGUAGCUGGUCAAUGGAAUAUAAUGCAGCCAAUGUUGCCAUAGAAUUGGGCCGUAAAAUUGGCUGUCCAAUUCGUCGUGGAAACGCCGAAUUAAUCGAAUGUUUACGACGAGUGAAAUUGACCGUAUUGCUUAAAGAACAACAACAAGGAAAGAUAUUCGGUGAAUAUCCACACCAAUUUGUACCUGUUGUUGAAGAAGUGGGUGUUGCUCAUGAACGUCUUGUGCCGAAUGAACCACGACGGUUAAUAAGUCAAGGUCAUUAUCGACGUAUUCCAUUGAUGAUGGGAUAUAAUAAAGAUGAAACAGCAUUUCUUUAUCCACUCAUACUUAACAAACAGAUGAUUGGUGACCAAGUCGGAAAUCUACGAACAUAUUUAGAGGAAAAACUUUUACCACGAUUUAUACGUGCUACAAUUCUAUUGAAUAAUGGUGGAAAAAACACUGCCUAUGAAAUGAUUGGAAAUAAUGCCUAUAAGCUGAAAACAGCAAUCAAAGAUUAUGAACAUGAUAUACAGCAGAAUAUUUUGUUCAAAUAUUUUAAUUUUCUAAAUAGUAAAAAUUAUCCUGAAAUGGCUUUUCGAUUUGUCAAUAUGAGCACCGAUGCUUUAUAUGGAUCUUGUAUCGAUGAAACAUUGAGAUUAUAUUCAACAGCUGCAACAUCAUCCAAACAAAAUCUUAAUGUUAUGGGUCAUUUCCUUUCGUUACCAUUCACAAAUAUUACUUAUAAAUAUGUAUUUGGUUAUCGUGGACGUAAUUCAAUGUUAAAUCUAAUAUUACAAGGUAAUCAUCGUCAACUAAUCGGUUAUAAUAAUAGAGGUUUAAUGUGGUGGCCAUCAAAUAAUAAUCAAGAAUUUGAUCCAACAUCCAAUGCCGUUUGUCAUGGUGAUGAAUUAUUUUAUUUAUUCAAUUUAAAAUUUUCAACACGAAAACCACAAGAUAAUCGUGAUGCAUUGAUACAACGACGAUUAUUACAUCUAUGGACUGAUUUUGCCAAACAUGGAUUUGCCCCAUUUAUACCAAGUUUGGAUACACCAUUUUGGCCACCAUAUACAAUACAAAGGCCAACUACAUAUUUGAUUGAAGAAAAAUUAUUACCCGUUGAUUCAUAUCAUGAUUCUGCAACACAUUUUUGGAUACGUUAUUUACCAUCAAUUAGUUCAUCGUCGAUUACAUCAGCAUCGAUCAUUGAUCGUACGAAAUCCAAUUCAAAAUGGCAUCAAUCGAAUAAUAAUAUAAAUAAUAAUAAUGGCCGUAGUCAACAAUCGGAUAGCAGUAGUAGUAUACGUUCGAUGACAAAACUACGAACAUUUGCAUGGUCAAUGUUAGCCUUAUCCCUAACAUUAUUCGUUUUAAUUAUCAUUUUAAUGUUAUUAUUAAUUCAUCAACGACGUCGGCAAUCAUUUUCUGCUGAAACAUCACAUGUUUAUAAUUGUGGCCAUACAUCAGCAAAAACAUUAGCACAUGUACUUGCAUCACGUCGUGCAUCAUCAUCAUCCGGAUUGUAUUGAAAUUUUAUAACAAAAAAUGUUUGAAAAAUUUUCAUUCCUGUACAGAAUAUAAAAAAAAAUAAUUUUUUUUUUCAAAGUAAAACUUGACCAUAAUUGAUAAUAGA